AUGCGCGCGCCGCAGUAAUAAAGAACGACAUGUUUCGGUUGAUGAACGAAGAAGUGUGAAAGUAGACUAGUGUGUGUGCACGAGUAGUUGUGUUUUCUGAAGCCCGUAUCCACACCACCCCGAGUAAAGAACUAGCCGAAGGCUCGCUCUGGUGAUUGGAGUCGAGUGUGGAGGACAGCCAUGACGGACUCUCACGACGGAUUCCGCGACCUCUCCGGCAUUGGAGACAUGUUCAAGAGCUGCGUCGCACACAUGAAGGGCGGAUUCCCUGCCUGGGAGGAGUUUGUGACCCGAGGAAUCAAGUUCCAGAAACACUUUGAGCAAACUAUAUCUUCAUUCAACGGUUUCAUCGACAGCCUCUACAAAAUCUCAGAGCUUGCCCACAACACGAAAGGAGGGACCUAUGAGAUUGGGACCGGACUAAUCAACCUCGCCAUGUGGCAUCGCGGACAAGAAAUGAAACUCAAAGAGAUGAACACAGCUCUAAUGACAAAGCUACUGGGACCGCUGCAAGUCAAAGUAGAAGAAUGGAAGAAGACCACAGGAGCUCUGGAGAGAGAACACGACAAAGACAAGGGAUCGGAGAAGACGACUACACUUCACCAGCAACUGGAGCAUUAUCACCACGAAACUGACAGACACCUGAAGGAGACAGAGGACAGGGAGAAGAGGAACCUCAAUAGAGUCCUCCUCGAGGAGAGGUCCUGGUUCUGUGGCUUCGUCAACGCCUUCACCCGCGUUCUGGACGUUGGGACAGGCAUGCUGGUUGAUCUGGAGAGACUGCAGGCCAUCUUGAAGGACCUGUCCACAGAGGUCUCCCAUCCUGCCAUCCUACCCGAGACCACAAGAGAAAUACUGGAGACGUGGACGAUCCCGGCUUCCCCAGCCACCCUCCACAAGAAGAUGUCCACUGCACCGUCCAUGAUCUCUGUCUCAUCCGGUAGCUCCGGAGACUCUGGCGGACCUGUCAUCAGCGGACCAAUAAUGACAGGGUCUUCGACACACAGCGGGUCCCCCGUGGGUACUAUUCCCAUCCAACAACCCCAGCCACCAACUCCGCCCAACCCUGCCCCGCCACCUCCACCCGGAGCUCCGCCUCUUCCCGGGUUAUCUGGGAGAGACUCUGUCGGUUUCCCUCCUCCUCCACCUCCGCUUAUGAAUGUGCCACACCCUCCUCCUGCCCCACCCACUUCUGUUCCGUCGUCGAUGAUGGCUCAUCUGCCCAGUCCACGCCCUCCUCCGCCUUCCACUGCUCCCCCUCCCUCCUCCCACCCCUUCCCCUCACACGCCAUCCCCCAGCAGCACGCAAUCUCGCGUGCCCAGACAUUACCCCGCAACUUUGCCAACUACCGCGGCGCCUCCCUCGACACCGGUCUGGGCAUGUCUACUGCACCAAAAAAACCCGUGCCGGUCCCCAACAUGCAAAUGAACCACUACAUGCCUCCACCCCAGGGGGGUGGGGUGCCGUACAAUGCCAACGGGGACUACAUACAGAACCGGUCUCUCCCGCCGGUACCACCAGGCGAGGACCCCUACCUGCCGAUGAACUCGGUGCCCGUCUCCCGGGGAAGCCUCGUGUCUGCAACGCUCCCUCGCUCCACAGACUCCUUCCCCAGUUCGCAGCUCUUCACACACAUUGAGGAGUCGGUGGAGCCACCGUCUUCGCUCCAGGAGCAGCUGGUGAGCAGACUGCGCGGGCGGUCGCAGUCAAUCCAGGCUCGCACAGCUCUCUCGGCUCAGCCAGACAAUGUCUACAGUAUGCCAUCGGAGCCAGUUCGGGCGUCCAAUAGCGUGAGCGGGAAGAUGAUGAUGAUGACGGGGCCACCUCCCGUUUCCUCGAAACCUCACAGACCUCCAGCUGUCGCUCUCAAACCAUCCAGAGCUUCCAACGGUCAUGGAGGAUCUCCCGUACACUCAUUCAUGCAGUCUCCAGCCUUCUCACAGUCUCUGGACGGUUGGCCUGCCCCUCCCCCUUUCCACCAGCCCCCCUCCUCCUCGGCUGAUCUCGAGCUGGACCCAGAAGAAGACAACAUGUUUGCCAGGGCACUCCGGGAAAGGAAACUUCGCAGCGUGCAGACAAACGAUAGAUCCGACCCGCUCGUUGGGAGAUAAGACAAGCUCUAGAGACCAAUACUAUUUCACAAGAACUGUCAUGUUACAUAUAAUAUACAAAAUGUGCAAUUAUUGGUGUGCCGUAGGCUACAUAGAGUGUCAUCAUAAUGUUUCACUGUGGAUUAUAACAAAGUGUGUGUGUGUGCAGUUGUUGUAUGCUAUUCUCCCCACUUGCACGCCAAGAAUGUGUAUUAUUAUUUCUGUGUCUCCGGUUUGUAUGUCAUCUCUGGGGUCUACUGGUGCGCAUGCGCGGGAUUUAGUAGGCGGGCUAUAUGGUGCGCACUAUUUAGAGCAAAACGUGUGCACGGGUAUGUUCAAGUUGGAGCCGGCAAAGACCCAGCUGUGGCUGGACCGUGGAGGCACAGUCGGGAAGCAGUGGGAAAGACUGCAGAAGAGAGUGCGGGGACAUCCCCUCAAUCACGCGGUUGAGGUGUUUGUACCAGGGCUGGCUCGUCUUCCGUCCGACCUUCAGUCCCUGGAGCCUCCAUCCUACUCCGUCUCUGAGUUGACUCUCUCUCAGUUGACAGAGCCCCAUCUGCGGCCGUCUCUCUCUUCACUGUGUGGACUCACCCUUGACACCAGAGUGGACACUGACUGCGUGUACGCCUUGUUACCCCCAGGAAAACUCGUGCUCUCGGUCGACAAGGACACAUACGAACAGUUGGGUCUCGUUGGCAGACCAUCUCGGUACCAAAAGGGGCAUCGGUUCAGUGAGUUUUGUGGCAUUCGUCUAGAAAAAUGCACCACGUGAGUAACCUUUUGCAAUUCUGGAAUUUUGUUGAUUAGGCUCUGCCCCCACUUUCUGGAAAUUUGUGAUUCCCUGCAACACUGUAUUAUUGUUUCUUCUUAGUUGUGGAGGUGGAUUUGAUGGCCGAUCAUUUCCGACCAGGGAAACCAAACUACGAACGUGUGAGGUGGUCCCUCGGAGAGCGAUUGGGGGAGAGUGUCCGAUUUUCACUGUGUCACUCGCCAGCUGGUAACAUUAUUGUAGUGCUCUUGAGUAUGUGCCGCGGUAGCUCAGUUGGGAGAGCGUCAGACUGAAGAUCUGAAGGUCCCCGGUUCAAUCCCGGGUCUCGGCAUCUUUUUAUUUUUUCAAUCUCUCCAACUUCUCUGCAUUUAAUUUUAGUCUAUAAAAGUUUCUGACUGGUAGUAUGCUUUUUUAUAGAAUGCAGAGUUGACAAGAAACUGUUAGGGACUCGUCACGACUGCGUCGUCGACAGACAACUCAUUCACGACUUUAAACUGCCCGUUGUAGACUGUAGCAUCCCUCGGGGACAGUGUUCAACGUGUUGUAGUGUCACUGACAUCCAGACGUGGCUGGGAGCGGUGGCGUGCGGAGUUGAAGUCCGUGGGGAUGCCCCUGAGAGUGAUUACGUGUCCACGUACCGGACACCGGAACCUCAUACGACCUGUCGGUAUGGAACGAGGGUGCGGUGGACUGGAAUGGUGCACUCUGAUUGGGUCUGGGACCUCCUAUGCAGAGCCAGAGGUGUUUUAGAGAGUGGCAGAGAAGCAGACACAGUUCCGUGGAUAGCUGUGAGUGUCUGGGGGUUUGAGGACUCCCCCCUGUCGUGGGGGACCUGCGAGCACGGCUCGUUCAUGUGGGGAGACAACCACUAUUUGGUGCUACUGUUCAGACAGGGUCAGUACUGGUCUGUGACUUCAUUAGGAUCACAUGACACAGUUUGUUAAAUCUUCUUCAAUUUAUAGCACUCGUUUGUUUAGUAAUCUUGGACCCACUCGUGAUGCAAAUUUGUAAACCUUCAUCAGUUUUUCAGUCACUGUUGAUUUGUAAAUUAUUCCAGCCUCUCCCAUUAAAUCAUGAGUUGGCGGAUGCAAUACAUUUUUGGCAAGCAACUGCUAUUUAGCACAUGAAACAUUACGGUAUGUGCCCGUCACAUAUUAUUUAAUCAUUCAGACGACUAGCUUUGUUUGUCAAUUAACCCAAACAGACCCUCCUGUUUAAAAUGUGAUUCAUCUCUGUAAGAAACACACACUAUUCCAAGUUGUGCUUCAUGUGUUUUGAGUUAGAGUAACUGACGCUGGGAUAGUAGAAAGAAGAGCUUUUAGCGAGAGAGCUGGAUUUGUGGUGCUUGCUGGAACCUUCUGGUUUAUAGAGAAGUGUGUGUCGGGGUGUGCUGGUCUUUGGCUGGCUGUUCGAAACCUCAGGAGCUGCAAGAGUUGGAGAGACUAUAGGCAGACGGUAGCGCGUGGAAGGUUUGUUGGUGGCGUCGUUUGUAAAGGUUGCAGUUGGAUGGCUAGUUGGUUUGGUAUUGUGUGAGGGUUGACUGCGGCGACGAUGCAGAGCGCUCGGGUAAUGAGAAACUUCCGGAAGUGGCCAGUGAGUUGGGACUCCGUCUGUGUGGUUCCUGUGUGAGGACAGACUGUCGCACCACUGCAGAUAUGGCUCCUUAGCUUUUCUUCUAGCUGCUGCCGUUCUAUGUCUAGAGGCUCUCUUGUGCUUUUGUCUCCUGUAGUCAACGUGCGUGUUUGGAAGAGUCCCUAGACUCGGCGUGCUAUGACUGUACGCACGUCCGCUCCGCUUGGGCGACGGCGAACUUCCACCGGCUUCCAAGACGGGGAAGGCGGCCAGGCUCAUGGUCCUGAGUCGAUUCUCUAUGAUGAGCUGCUCAACGAGUAGCUCUGGUUUCAGCUGGAGAGCCAGAAUUCUCGAGAGCUCGUCUCUGCAGUGGGCCAGCGCGUGUACCGAGGCCUCGUGUGCUGCAGAGGGCUCUAGCGUCACUGUCUGAACGUGUCUCCGAGGUGGGGAAGAAAAAUGGAAGUCCAGGAUGCUCCUUUGUGACUCUCUAUAUACUGCUCCUGCUUCAUCGGUGGUUCUGCUGCUGAGACCGCCUCUGUACACGUAGGAAUAGUUUUCAUCCAACUCCCCGCUCAUGUAGGAGCGCUUUUCGAGACUCUUGUCGUAUUUGGAGUUCACUGAGAGCGUGCUGCUGGCGGCGUUGAGCGUUGCUGCUGCAGCCUUUCUUCUUUUAUUCGUGGCGGGCUUUCGAAGGUUGUACGUCGCCGACGGGCGAACUGGCUUCCAUCCGUAGCACAUUUCUUCCACGCGGUCGCUCACCAAUUCGGUACUUGGACGACUCCACAGUUUCCUCUCCUCUGUUAGGAGCAGUCUGAUCCUUUCUACGUCCUCUUCUCUACGGGCAGCUUCGUUCUCCAUCUUUUCC